ACACAGUUUUGAUAGUGAGCAUCACCAGACUCCUUCAGUCUCCUGUUAGUCCGGUGUUUGGGUCUAGUCUGGUCUUUUGGCGUUCCCUGCUGUGUUUGGAAUCACGCACGUGGGGCGUGGCCAGGCGCGUGGACGUUUCCCGAGCCAAUCAGGAGACAGCCGCCGCUCGUCAAAUUCCCCCUCACGAGUUUGAGCGCUCGGUUAUAGCGGACUGCUGGCACGAGCGCAACCGGAAACGCUGCUGGACUUAACCAAGACUUAACGGAGACCAUUUACUCCGUCCAGCUGUGACGACGCUCUCUGUGUAUUUACAUCUUCUUGUGCAUGUGGAUCAUAAUCUCCACAGCGCUAAUGAAUCACCUCCGAGAUAUUUAACGGGUUGGAGUCGGGUAUUUCUUUUUGUGUGUAUGCGUGUGUGUGCGUGCGCAACGCACGCGUUUAACGUUUUUUGAACUUUACCGUUUUUUUUUUCUUUUGCAAGUAUAAGCACCUUUACAUAGACAUUAUUACUCCAACCGAUUUGCAAUGCGUUAUUGAACGACACAGACGGCAACGGAUGACGUUCGGGAAGUUUGAUAGCAUUUUGUGAGCGUCUCUGUGCGUGUAAAAUUGCGUGCGCGUGGAUGGACUUGCUGUGUGUCAUAGUCGGCUGUGUGUCGGGCUGAAGGAAAGCACGCGCGCAUUUAAUAAAAAAUAAAAAUAAAAAAGUCUACAACCUGUAAAGGUAGAUAAGUCCGUGCGUGUCUCCACACGUGUUGCAAGCUACGGAUAUACCAACAACAGCACCCGUGUCUCCAUCCGUGAAGGAAAUGUUUCGACUGGGAAUCCUUCUGAACCUGCUUUUCAUCAGAGAUGUUGGAGGUCUCUCACAUCUAGACGGCUCAUUGUCCUCGGUGGUGCCCCUAUUCCCUGGCACACUGGACUGCGUGCAGGCUGUGCAGGAGUGUAUGGCCCAAGCUGAGUGUGAAAAACUCUACAGACAGCUAGACUACUGCAUGGACGAGGAAGCUGUGUCACCACUGGGUCUCGAAGCCCGACAGGCCUGCGCCGAUGCCCAAAACGCCCUGCUGCACCAUCGGCCCCUGCAGGAGUGCAAGUGCCAGCGUGGAUCACGUAAAGAGGCUCUCUGUCUCCGAGUGUAUUGGACCGUGCGCUUUCCACAGGGGUAUGAUGACAUUGAGACAUCCCCGUACGAGGACAUCGAACUGGAGCUUGUGAGAAAUAGCGAAGUAACAAAACUGGCCUCGAUUGUGGCAGUGUCCUCGUUUCCAGUAGACGGACAGAACCAGUGUUUAAAGGCGGCUCAGGACUGUGGGCUGUUCGAGAAGUGUGGUGCUCUUCGCGCAGAAUAUGUGCUGGCGUGCACCAAGCGAGCAGCAGGCUCAGAUCGCUGCAACAGACAGAAGUGCCACCGGGCGCUGCGCAGAUUUCUAGAGCGUGUACCUGAAGAGUACAGCUUUGGUGUGCUUUUCUGCUCCUGCACUGAGACGUUGUGUGGAGAGAGGAGGAGGAAAACCAUCGUCCCAUCAUGUUCAUAUGAGGAGAAAGACACACAACCAAACUGCCUGCACCUGGAGAGCUAUUGCCUCCGUGAUGACCUGUGCAGGUCUAGACUGGCUGAUUUCCAGCAGAACUGCCAGCCCUCCUCUUACACCCCUUCAGGCUGUCUGCGUGAGAGCGGAGCGGUCUGCCUGAAGGCGUACGCCGGACUGAUCGGUACGAUCAUGACACCAAACUACGUGAGUAACAGCAGUAUGGAGGUGUCUCAGUGGUGUAACUGUGAAGGCAGUGGGAAUCAGCUGCAGGAGUGCCUGCGGAUCCUGCACAUGUUCAACAGCAACACUUGCCUGCGUAAUGCCAUAGAGAACAUGGGAAGUGCCAGUCCUCGACCUGUGGAGGGAACACUGCUCCCACCCCCUCGCCCCUCCCCCCACAUUCAACAUGACGAGCUAAACGUCAACUUGUUUGAAGACCUCAACUCGGUGGAGGAGAGUGAGGAAGAAAAGAACGAGCCUGAAGAUGAGAUAGAUCCAGUGGACGAGUUCAACGUCAUCCCUCCGUUCCCAGAGAAAGCGACCGUGACCGAUUUGGGUUCGGAGACAGGCAGAGUUCAAGGCCAGGCCUCGUCCCUUUCAGCCUCCCUUUAUCUUCUUCUUCUUCUGCUGCUGCUCGCUACCCUCAGCUGGGGGUAGAAACCAACUUCAUUCAUACUCAUAUAUACACUUACAUAUAAAUACCCACUUACAUCUGCACACACCCUCCUUAAAAUAAUCACUCACACCCACUCUAAAGACUCAAAGACUUUAUACUGAGGGAUGGAGAGAAUGCAAGAUGAAAUGAGAUGCAACGUGAAGAAGAGGACAGAGGACAGGAAAGUCCUCUCCUAUCCACUACUGUCCUUUCCUUUUGCUCUGCUUCUCUUUCUCGCUGAGAGGGCUGUGUGUAGCUCGCUGAUCGCAGCUUGUCCCCAGGGAGUCGCUCUCUGAAUCUGAUUCUGUGCCAAUUGUUUGGAAAAUGUUUGAAAAAUUAGGAAUCACGAUUCAUGAUUCAUGACUCAUUGGACUGAAUUGAAUGGAAUAUAUUUAAAAGCCUGACUGUCAUCGAGUGAAUCAGUGAAUCAGUAAUGUGAUGUAUCUGUUGUGUAAUUCUCCUUUGCUAUGCUGAUGUUGGCUAACCGUCAGUCAACUUGCACCGCUGUUUGGGAAUUGCUGUAUUGCUUUUGUCCAAUGACACGGCUACGUAUGAAUGCACAGCUUGUUUUUUUUCUUUGCAUUUAGACAUCUUGUGCAUUUUCUCAUUACUGAAGCUUUUAUAACCUUG